AUGAAGGUGGUGCUCGCUGUCGCUGCUCUUGUAGCCGUGGCUGGUGCCGCCAGUGUCUCCCACGAGGAGCUGGAGUUCCGAGCCUGGAAACUGCAGCAUGGUAAGAGUUAUGGUUCUGAGGAAGAAGAGUCUCAGCGUAAGAUGACCUGGCUGAACAAUCGUAAGCUGGUCCUGGAGCACAACAUGCUGGCUGACCAGGGUCUCAAAAGCUACAGACUCGGCAUGAACAUCUUUGCAGACAUGGAUGACCAGGAGUACCAAGCCAGGUUUGCUAGCUGCCUGAGAUCCUUCAACAGGACCAAGACCCACCCUGCAGCUUCAUUCCACAGACAGGCAGAGGCUGCUUCAUUACCUAAGGCUGUGAAUUGGAAGGAUAAGGGCUAUGUGACUGCAGUGAAAGAUCAAUUGAAAUGUGGAAGCUGCUGGGCCUUCAGUGCGACAGGGGCGCUAGAAGGUCAGAUAUUCAAGAAGACGGGGAAGCUGGUGUCCUUGAGCGAGCAACAACUGGUGGACUGCUCCUGGGUUGAAGGAAACAAUGGCUGUAAAGGGGGUACUAUGAAAAUGGCUCUUGAAUAUGUCAAGGACAAAGGCUUGCAGACAGAAGAGUCUUAUCCUUAUACAGAAAAGGAAGGGAAGUGCAGGUUCAAUAAAGAUAAGGUUUACGCCACCUGCAGAGAUGUUAAGGUUUUGAACAGGGAACAAACCCUUCAUGAAGCUGUGGCCAAAGAAGGACCCAUUUCUGCAGGUAUAGACGUCAGCCGAAUCACCUUUAGACUCUAUGACUCAGGUGUGUAUGACGAUCCAUUCUGCAGCAGCUCUUCACUAAAUCACGCUGUCCUGGUUGUCGGUUACGAUGUUACUGUAAAUGGACAGGAAUACUGGCUGGUAAAGAACAGCUGGGGCGUUGCCUGGGGUGAAAAGGGCUACAUCAAGAUGGCUCGGAACAAAAACAUGUGUGGUAUAGCCUCCAAUGCUGUCUACCCCGUGGUUUAAAGAUUGGACUAAGAGUAAAUGGAAGAUUUCAGAGAGGAUGCUUGAUCUGAGCAUCUGCAUGACUUAAUCAUCAGGAUGUGGUGGAUUUACUGCAGUUACCUGUUACCUGUUACCAGUUACCUGCCAUCUACAGUUGCUGAUAUUUUCCUUUUUAUUUUUCAUUCUCUUUCCAACUUUUACUUGCACAACAUUAACUCUUUCCUUCUAACAUAUGCAUGAAAAAAUCUAAAAAAUAAACCCUUUGCAUUCAAAAAUA